ACAGCUCCUCUAUUUGUCCACUCUCGUCUCUCGCCACUCGCCAGCUUUCUUCCUCCACCAUUUUCGUCGCUUCAAAACCCUAUCAUAUACUCUAGUGAACCUCUCUCUUCCUACGAGCUCUCUUUUUGAACGGCAAAAUUGAAAUCGAAUCCAUCACUUGCUCUGAUCAUCCGUUCCUCCUCUCUCUCUACUGUUUCGAUUCCCAAACUCCCCGGACGAUGGAUCUGCCUAGCCUCGCUUUGAUCCUCCGAGCCGCCGCACUCAGCCCUAACCCCGAUGAACGCAAAGCUUCUGAGCAGCAACUCAAUCAGUUGCAGCAUACGCCACAGCAUUUGGUGAGAUUGUUGCAGAUAGCCGUGGAUGGGAGCUGUGAUAUGGCAGUUCGUCAAAUCGCUAGUAUUCAGUUUAAGAACUUCAUUGCUAAGAACUGGUCACCUGAAGAUUCGGGUGCAGGGGAGAUAUUGCAAAGCGAUAAAGAAUUGGUGAGGGACAACAUACUCGUCUAUGUCACUCAAGUCCCAACCUUACUCAGAUCACAACUUGGAGAGUGCCUCAAGACUAUUAUUUAUGCUGACUACCCUGAACAAUGGCCACGUCUUUUGGAUUGGGUGAACUACAACUUGCAGAAUCAACAAAUCUAUGGAGCUUUGUUUGUGUUGCGGAUACUCUCUAGAAAAUAUGAGUUCAAGUCAGACGAAGAGAGAACACCUGUUACCCGCAUUGUGGAGGAGACGUUUCCUCUACUUUUGACUAUUUUUAAGGGGCUUAUCCGGAUAGAAAAUCCAUCGCUGGAGAUAGCAGAACUUAUGAAGCUAAUAUGCAAAAUAUUUUGGUCAUCCAUAUAUCUGGAGCUCCCAAAGAAAUUAUAUGAUAUAAACGUAUUCAAUUCUUGGAUGGUUCUCUUCUUGAGUGUUUCGGAGCGUCCUGUUCCAGUUGAAGGCCAGCCUAUGGAUCCGGAACUUAGAAAAUCUUGGGGCUGGUGGAAGGUCAAGAAGUGGACAGCGCGCAUCUUAAGCAGACUCGACAGUCGGUUUGGAGACCCAAAACUUCAAACUCCAGAAAGCAAACCUUUUUCCCAAAUGUUUCAAAAGAAUUAUGCAGGCAGAAUUUUGGAAGGCCACCUGAAUUUUCUGAAUACAAUUCGUGUUGGAGGCUAUCUUCCUGAUAGAGUUACCAAUCUUAUCCUUCAGUACUUAAGCAACAGCAUUUCGAAGAAAAGCAUGUACAAUUUGCUGCUACCUCGGCUGGAUGUUCUGCUUUUUGAGAUUGUUUUCCCUCUAAUGUGCUUUAAUGACUCCGAUCAACAACUUUGGGAGGAAGACCCACAUGAAUAUGUGAGGAAAGGUUACAAUAUAAUUGAAGACUUGUACAGUCCGCGAACAGCAUCUAUGGAUUUUGUAAAUGAAUUGGUUCAAAAACGUGGGAAGGAGAACCUUCCGAAAUUUAUUCAGUUUAUUGUAGGGAUCUUCAGGAGUUAUGACGAAGCUCCUGCUGAACAUAAGCCUUAUCGUCGAAAAGAUGGCGCGAUGCUUGCUGUUGGAGCUCUUUAUGAUAAACUGAAGCAAACGGAUCCCUAUAAAUCUGAGCUAGAGCAUAUGUUGGUGCAACAUAUUUUUCCAGAAUUCAAUAGUCCAGCUGGACAUCUUAGAGCGAAGGCUGCAUGGGUAGCUGGACAAUAUGCCCAUAUCAACUUCUCAGAUCAGAACAACUUUCGUAAAGCAUUGCACAGUGUUGUCUCGGGAAUGCGCGAUCCUGAUCUCCCUGUCCGUGUUGAUUCAGUUUUUGCAUUACGUUCAUUUGUUGAGGCUUGCAAUGAUUUGAAUGAGAUACGUCCAAUCCUCCCUCGGUUACUUGAUGAAUUUUUCAAACUCAUGAAUGAGGUAGAGAACGAAGACCUUGUUUUUACGUUGGAAACCAUUGUCGAUAAGUUCGGUGACGAGAUGGCUCCAUAUGCUUUUGGAUUAUGCCAAAAUCUGGCGGCUGCAUUUUGGAGGUGCUUAAACACGUCAGAAGCCAGUGAUGAUUCGGAUGAUAUGGGAGCUUUAGCUGCUGUUGGUUGUUUGCGUGCCAUAAGUACAAUCCUUGAAUCUGUUAGCAGUCUUCCUCAGCUGUUUGUUGAAAUAGAACCAACGAUACUUCCGAUAAUGCAGAAAAUGUUGACCAGUGAUGGCGAAGAUGUAUUUGAAGAAGUUUUGGAGAUUGCAUCAUACAUGACCUUUUAUUCCCCUAACAUUUCCUUGGGUGUAUGGAGUCUCUGGCCAUUAAUCGUGGAAGCGUUGGUCGAUUGGGCAAUUGAUUACUUUCCAAAUAUUUUGGCUCCGAUGGACAAUUUUAUAUCAAGGGGUACUGCUCGUUUCCUCGCUUGCAAGGAGCCCGACUACCAGCAAAGCCUAUUUAAUGUUCUUUCAACUCUUAUGACCGACAGAAACAUAGAAGACAGCGAUAUUGAAGCAGCUCCAAAGCUUAUUGAAGUUGUUUUCCAGAAUUGCAAAGGGCAGGUGGAUCACUGGGUUGAACCAUAUCUGCGACUCACUAUUGAUCGGUUACAACGAGCGGAGACUUCAUACUUGAAAUCUCUUCUUAUACAAGUGGUGGCAAAUAUGCUUUACUACAAUCCAAGUUUGACGCUAGGGGUAUUGCAUAAUACAGGGCUUGCUUCAACAGUGUUUGAUCUUUGGUUCCAGAUGUUGCAACAGAAGAAAAAGAGUGGCCAGCCAGCAAAUUUCAAAAGGGAACAUGAUAAAAAGGUUUGCUGCUUGGGUUUGACUUCAUUACUUGGUCUCCCUGGUGGUCAAUUCCCCGUCGAAGCUCUGCAACGUGUUUUCAGGGCAACACUUGAUCUUCUAGUUGCAUAUAAGAAUCAGCUAGCUGAAGCAGCCAAGGUGACAGAAGUCGAUUAUGAGGAUGAAAUGAAUGGACUCGAGAGUGAUGAAGAGGACGAUGAUGAUGGGUCUGAUGGGGAGAUGGGUAUGGAUGAUACCGAGGAUGGAGAUGAAGCAGAAAGCAUGAAACAGAAGUUAGCUGCACAGGCUAAGUCCUUCAGAUAUGUUGAUGAAGAUGACGAUGAUUCUGAUGAUGACUUCAGCGAUGAUGACGUGUUCCAGUCACCCAUCGAUGAGGUGGAUGCCUUUGUAUUCUUUGUCGACGCAAUCAGAGUUAUGCAGGCAUCAGAUGCGCAGAGGUUUCAGAGCCUUAACCAGUCACUGGAUUUCACUUAUCAGGCGAUUGCAAACGGAAUAGCACAACACGCAGAGGUGAGAAGAGUGGAGAUCGAGAAGGAGAAGCAAAAGACAGCAGCAGAAGCUGCUGUUACUCCUGUUCCUGCUACAUGA